UGUUGACUGCCGCUCAUUCAAGAAGAGGGAAAUCGAGUGUAUUGUUUGUUUUUUGGAGCAGUUUUCCUUUCUAUACAGUAAAUGUUAUUAUUCGUCUGAAAAGAUUGUCAGAAACAUGGAUAUAAUCAGCAAAUUGCCAAUUGUCAGUUUGAUUUGGAUUAUUGCUGCAGGAUUUUUGGUGUUCAUGCUGCUUUUCUUGCUGGGUAAGAGGCAAAUUAUGCGUUUCACCUUGAAGUCAAGACGAGGACCAUAUGUUUCUGUGGGAUCAAAUGCCCCAAAAUCAAUGAGAGCAGAGAUAACGCGCCGCCUUGAGCGAGUUCCAGAGAUCAAACAUGAACCCAAACUGUUGAACCCAACCAUUGAGCAGGCUGCAAAGUCAUCCAAUAACCACUACUACUAUCGAAUGAAGGCGGUUGAUGCUUUCACAAAAUUUGAUGAGUGUUUGCGGCAGGAUGUACCAGCUGCCUGUCGUCACCCGAAAUAUAGUAUGCGGGACUAUCUGACCACGAUCUAUCCAGUAUACCUCUCCACUGCCCCACCAGAGCUCAUCAACAGGUUUCUCACACUAUACGAACAUGCCCGCCACAAACCAGAGUUAUUUGAAGAGUCCGAGUAUCUGCAGUAUGAGCAGGCCUUGGACGAGCUCGUGGAAUGUUUAGAGCAAGGGAUAAAAAUGAAGAAUGAGGCAAACAUAGAACAGAUGAAGCAGCUGCCAACAGUGGACACAGAAGUGAAGCUGAAGUCCAGUCACAAGGGCAUAGGAAAGACUAAGACCUCCAUCCCAUACAACCACAUGACCUCAGACAAGCACUCGAGCCGGGGUCAAACACGGUACAGAACACGCGCCAACAGCAGUGAGCAGGCGGGGCUACUUGAGAGUGCCCCCUCGAGUCAGAGGAGCAGCAUCGAGGGGCUUGUCACUGCGCAUGAUAGCUCCGAAAACGUCCGCCUGGUGGAGGUCAACAUGAACACCAUGCCUACAUGAUAUCUGUUGGUUUGUGUGGUCAUUAUUAUGGGACAGUUGCAAUAAUGGGGGUCUUUGAGACAAAAGACAUUGGGCAUGCCAUGCCUGUUUUAAAUCAGGAAUUGUCGCCCCCUGCUCAUAUGGGGACAUGUGAAAGGAAGUCCAGACUUUUCCCAGUUCAUGACUGGUUAAGAUUUUCUCAUGAUAAAAGUGUGUUUUGAUUGAUUCCAGGUAAGUCUUCUGAGGAAUGUGAUUGUCAGACAGUUGGAAUUUAUUAUUUAUUAAUAUUAUAUAUAGUUAGCCUUUGUUAUAGGUUAUGUGUAUGUAUGUUCAUUAUUUUCCAUGAUUACACUCGAGUGUAUUCAUGGAUAUUGUGAUUAUCAUUGUCCGGUCCAACAUUCUAUCUCUUUUUAAUAAAACAGUUUUUAACAAAUAAUUAGAUUUUUUAAGAUUUUUUAAAAAAAGGAUGAAUAAGCACUUUCAUGGUUGAAAGCUAGUAAAAAUCAAAAACCUAAAUAAAAAACUGUGGGCCCUGGUGUGUCAAGGGCAAAAUCCUGGUUGUUGGUUUUGAAAAUUCAGUUUUUGGAAGGUCUUAGAAAGCGUUUUCCAAGUGCUUAGUGCAUGGGUAAAAGUUUUCCGGAUUUCCG